CUGUUGGAAUCUGGCUUAAUAUUUAUGCUCCUAAAAGUUUAUUAUUUUUUAUGCUAGCGCAAGUAUUUUAAUAAUCGUUUCGCGAGUUUUCCCACAUCCCUAUAAUUUGAAAUAAACUUUUAAUUUCCAUUAUUCAAAAUCAGCUCAGAAAGUGAGAGGAAGGAAUUCAAGGUUGUAUUUCAGUUCAAUUUUUACUGCAGUAUCGUGGCUAGUUCGUGGAUACUUGCUAAUAUCUAAUUUAUAUCGAGAUCUCAAAUAGCGUCUGGAUUCAACAAAUCAUCCAACUCAUUAUCUAAGCAAAAUCAUUAUCUACGAUGCAACUGGAUCCAGAAACGAAACCUAAGCUUUCUGAUGUCGGUAUAGGUCCUGGAGUGUCAGGAAUACCUUUACUGCAAGAACCAGCAGGAAUCUACGUGACUCCAUCUCAGUAUCGGGCAUGGAAUACUGGAUAUGAUGCAACAAGUAGUGCGAACUCAAACGAAGGACCUGGUCUUUGUGCUUUACUUCUGACUUGUUUCUCCUACCUCAUCAUCAUCAUCACAUUUCCCGUUUCUCUUCUAUUCUGCGUAAAGGUCGUGCAGGAGUACGAAAGAGCGGUGAUAUUUCGGCUUGGACGUCUUAUGAAGGGUGGUGCUAAAGGACCGGGUAUAUUUUUCAUCAUCCCAUGCAUAGACACUUACUGCAAAGUUGAUCUCCGAACUGUGUCUUUUGAUGUCCCACCACAAGAAGAUAACAAACACUCCAGGAGUUCGAACAACAUGGCAUGGAUUUUGUCAAAAGAUUCCGUUACGGUUGCAGUGGACGCAGUAGUAUACUACCGCAUCAGCAAUGCCACUAUUGCAGUAUCUAAUGUUGAGGAUUAUGGACAUUCGACGCGCCUACUUGCAGCUACCACCUUAAGGAAUGUCCUUGGAACAAAGAAUCUUUCAGAAAUUCUGUCAGAGAGGGAAUCCAUAAGUCAUAUUAUGCAGUCUAGUUUAGAUGAAGCAACUGAUCCUUGGGGUGUCAAAGUCGAGCGCGUGGAAAUUAAGGAUGUGAGAUUACCUGUGCAGUUACAAAGGGCUAUGGCUGCGGAAGCUGAAGCUGCAAGAGAAGCCAGAGCAAAGGUUAUUGCAGCGGAAGGCGAGCAGAGAGCUUCCCGAGCCUUGAAGGAAGCUGCUGAAGUCAUCGCAGAUUCACCAUCUGCUCUUCAACUACGUUACUUACAGACCCUGAAUUCCAUUGCGGCGGAAAAGAAUUCCACCAUAGUUUUUCCGUUGCCCAUGGAACUUUUCCGUGGCAUGCAAAGGUCGUAGAUUAUCGCCACAUGUUUGAUACAUAAUAGCUAAACACGUCAUUGUUCUCAUUAUUUUCGAUCAUUUAUGUAAUAUUUCUUGGCUGCGUAAGGAUCAGAGUUGGCGGCGUUCUUGGCGAUAUUUGUUCAAGAUUGGAAAAAAAUGUUCUGAUCAAAAGAUGUCGUCGCUUUUUUCUUUCGAUAUAUGAGCAUCCCUGUUCUGUGGAUCAAGCUUAUUGCCAAAGAUGUUGCUGGCAAUCUUUUGCACCUCUAAAGAGAGGGUUGGUCAUCGAUCUCAAUAAGAAGUCACCGAUGUGGUUGCCGGUUAUUGUUGGUAAGGUGGCACAGUGCUGAAAGCAGUCGCAUUUCUUUUCCUACUUUCAACGAAACUGUACUAUGAAUGACAAUUUAUCACACUUUAUUGCAUUUAUUAAAAUGUUAACGUGAACUACUGUGCUUGCUUCGUAAAAGAAUUAAUAUAUGUAUGUUAGUUAUAUGUAUAAACUUUAAAAAAUGAAAUCAACCGAUCUAGCUUUCCACUUUUGUUCAAAACUGAUAAAACUACAUCUUAUCACACUUCAUACCAUAAUUUAAUCUUUAUAUCUUUCUUGAAAUUUUUAAUGUCAUAAAAAUCAAUAAUCAUCAACAAAAUUUAAAGCAUGUUACCGAAUUUCAACCAUAAAGGAAUUCAUUUCAAAUUUUUUAAUGAUAAGUUCAACAAUGAAUGAUUCUCUAACGAUAUGAAUACUAAUAAGUACCUGAAGUUACACUGGAAACUGAUUUUGCUGGUAUACUUAUUCAUUUUGCAUUUAAGGCGAUCAGUUUCUUAUAGUUGCUCAAACAUUUACUAGAAAAGUAUGUAGAAAUCCUCAAAUUUUAGUUAGACUGAAUGCACAUUUUACUAUUUAAUAAUCAAAGUAUGCAACGUAGAACACCAGUGUUUUUGUUGACCUAAAAUUAAUUUUAGAUGUAACAAUUGUUAUGGCACACAAAAUAACUUUAUAAGUUUUUACCGAAAUAUCAGUUACUGUAAAUAUAUACUUCUGCACUUUUUCUGUCGAAUCAUUGAUUAACGACAGUAAUGUAUUAACACCAAUACAAAAAAUGUGCUCCAACGCGCAAUAUUUUUUUGAAUCCAUUUCCUUGCGGUUUUAAAAGCAAUUUUUCUUAAACUUCGCUGCUUCUUUUCCAGAAAGCUUUGAUAUUUUAUCUUUGAUAUAAAAUUUUGUUUUGAGAAAGCCGAUUUAAUGUAAUAUUCAAAUUUAUGUAGCAGGUAACGAAAUUAAACGAAAGAAAUUUAAAUUCAAAUAUAUGCUUUAUGAGUUUUAAUGCCAAAUUUCUUCUAAAAAUGUAUUUUGAUGAGGAAGAAUGAUGGAUAUACAUUAAGCCUGCAUGUACAAUCCAUAAAAAACACUAAAAAAAUUCUUAAAAUUUAUAUAAUAAGAAAAGAAAAGAACAAAAGAGAUUAAAAAUGAAAUGAAUGAAAACAUAAAGCUUGAAAAAUUUGUGUUCUUAAUAACCGUUAUAAAAGGACAUAAUAUCAAAAACGUGCAUAUGCAAAUCGCAUAAAAAGGAUUGCUGAAACAUUUGCCUUUCUGUGUGUAAGUCUGUAAUAUAUCCAGCAACUGACAUGGUAAAUUAAAUUGUUGAUUACUGAUUUAAGUUUAAUAGCAUUCUUAAUUUUUUGACUAUAUAUAUACCAUAAAUUCCAGACUUUUAUGUUUUGCCGAGUUGAAUAUUGAACAGCUGCUUAAAAUAAGAAUUAGUAUAACUUAUUUAGUAAAUAAUUUGAAUGAAUUCCAAUAAAUGAAAUUUACAUGCGUAUAAAGAUAAAAUUACAGCGAUUUCUUUAAUAAAUUAUCUAUAAGAAUUUCAUACAAGUUCUUUACAUCCAGCAAUAAAGCGUAAAAAUUAUAAGAAAAAAGAUGUUCCACCAAAAAUUUUUCAGUGUGAUAGCAACAUAAGACUCAUUUCGUCUAAAGAUCUGAAUAGGGUAUACGAGUCAGCACUUCAUUUAAAUGAAGAUAGUGUUUAAAGGAGCUGUAAUAAAGGAGCUGUAACCGAGUGAAUGUUGAACGUGAGCACCCAAAACCUCACUUGCUGAGAGGUACUGAGUGAAAGAUGUAGCGAAAACAGAACAUGAGCACUUAAUCUAUAUACUUUAGAUUUGUAAAAUCAGUUAGCAUACGAGCAAAUUAUGUCUGGAAGAAUGCCCAGACACUUGAACCAAUCUUAUCCGAAAAAAGGAAAAAAAAAAAAAAGAGCUUAAUUCUUCGUUUGUAUGAGAUUGUUUGAAAAAAGAUAUAAUUUAUCACUUAAAAAAUAAAGUCUGACUGAUUAUUUUUAUUGAGAGGUAGUUUAUUAGCAUUACAGGAAAAUAUUAGUUAAUUUUGAUGACUAUAAAUCUAAGGUUAGAUAAUGCUAACGAAAAUAAGAUUAACGAAAGAAUGCGAACGGAACUAUAUAUCAUGAAAUAAAAAAAUAUUAAAAAUAGUAUAUAGAGAACUAUUUAAUAUCAUAAUUAGAAGUAAGAUUUAUUAAGCAUCAUAAAAUAGAAUAACAUCACAAAAACAUUUAACAUUAUGAAUAGAAGGAAAGUCUGUUCAAAAUCAUAAAAUAGGAUUAUAUCAUAAUACUAAUGUCAUGUGUAUGAAUAAAAUUUAUUUAACAUCUUAAAAUAAAAUAACAUCACAAAAACAUAUAACAUCAUUAUAGAAGUAAGAUCUAUUUAACAUCAGAAAAAGGACAGUAAAAUCUUUAGAAAUUGUUAGAUAAUAAUAUAAUGUAUAAAGAAGAAAUAUUAGCGUAUAAGAAAUAUGUAAGAAUCUUAUACAUUUACUACAUGUUACAUCUUUGUAAUAAAAUGAAGCUACUUAAGUAAA